AUGGAUGAGCGUGAAAAAUUGUUAACAAAAGAUGCAAGAAGUAGCUGGUUUGAUGUUCGUACUAAAUUGUGUUUAUUUGUAAUGUUGCAUGGAUGUGCAUUGGAAAUCCAAAGUGUUACUGAAACACAAUAUGUGUAUUCCUAUUUAAAGAAACACACAAAUAAAAACACUACCUAUGAAUCCACGUCAAACAAUUUGAGCGAACAGAACUGUCCAGGCAAUAUGACUGGAGAGAAUGAUGACUAUAUACAAAGUCUAGCAUCCGACUGGACGUGGUACAUUCAACUUGUGACAUGUGGCAUAUGUUUACCGGUACUGGUAGUAGCAGGUCCAGUGUCCGACCUUAAAGGAGCAAAAAUUGUGUUAAUGUACAAUUUAAUGAUUACAAUCUUAUCAUAUGCUGCUAGAGCCUACGCCAUAUAUGAAGAUUUAAAUCUUUACUGGUAUGUUGGAUUCAGUGCAGUAGAAGGCAUAUCUGGAUGUCACUAUGUAUAUCAUCUAACUUGUAGUGCGGUUCUUACAAACUCUACCAAACCGAACAAAGAACGACCAUUUAUGGCUGUUUAUGACGCCAUGAUGGGGAUAGGAAUGGCUAUCUCACAGAUUGGAGUAGGAUAUGUUAUAAAAUUUUCAGGAUAUACAUAUCCCUAUCUUGUAUCAAUUGGAUGUCUGUGUCUCGUACUUAUACUUAUUAUAUUAACACUGGAAGACAAUACCACUACUGCCAUUGGUGUCAUCAGAAUAUUACCAAUACCGAUAAUAAAGUCAAUCCUUUCUAGAAUGGUCCAUUCAGACAAACAAGGAGCACUUUUUGCUAAUAUAUACUUACUAGAAGCUGUGUGCCGACUGGGUGGUUCCACAUUAUUUAACAAUAUAUACCACCACACUCGUCCGAUAUUUAAAGGCAUGGUAUUCUUUGUUAUGGCUUUAUUUCCGUUGUGUGCUGGUAUCCUCUUAAUGUGCAUGACAUGCAGAAACACUCAAUUAGAUAAAAUAGAGAUUAAAGUUGAAGAACCAACAAUUCAGAACCGGAAAGAAAAUUGCGAUUGUGAAGAAAAUCUCGAGAAAUCACAGAAGGAAGAUACACUUGUUAUCGCAAAAAACUAAGCAAGA